GUAUGAACGCGCGCCGCUCAGCUCAACCUGCAGAUAACUUACCUGUCUUCCCAUCUUCUCUAACAGAGCUUUGAAAUUCUGAUCGACCUUCGCAUAUUCGUCUACUGCCUCGGAAGACAGUACCAGAUCGUAUGGUAUUUCAAGAAACUUUAUUGGUGUCACUGUAUCAGUAUUCGUCUCGACCUCCACCGAUGUUGUUAUACCAAUGCCCUUGCCCGCCACCUCGCUCAGGGCCACAUUGUUAAAGGUGACAUCUUGAAGCAGAGCCCACGCUGGAAACGAAUUUAUAGAAAGCGGUUCCCAAUUCAUCGUAUGUCAAUGGAGAGUGACGGCAAUGCGAAUGCACAACCGUUAGCUGCGGGUUUAGUGAGGAGACCACCACCACCAAGAGGCUGGUCAGGUGUGGGUUGUGCCGACCCCCACUAAAAAGUUGCGAUGCGAUACGCAACAAUUUUCGAACUUUUCACUUGGCCUGUCACCGACAUCCCUCCACCAACAAUCCGAUUAAUCAUAGCAGCAGGCCGUCGCGUGGGUAGAGGAGUUCGUUUUGCGCCCUUCUGAAUUCUUCUCGCAUUGCAUUUGCUAGCACAGACGCCCACCCCGUACCGUCCAUUGCCAAAAGUUACCCCUCCAUCACCCCGCCAUGCCUCGCGAUCCCCUCAUUGGCCUCGUGGGGAAACCCUCCGCCGGCAAGAGUUCUACUAUGAACAGUUUGACCGAUGCUAGUUCUAAAGUUGGCAACUUCCCGUAAGGCGCAUUCUCCGAACCCGCCAACCAACCCUUGCCGCAAACUAACAUUGCUAUAUAGCUUCACAACCAUUGACCCGCAACGAGCGAUAGGAUAUCUUCAAAUCGACUGCGCCUGCGCCAGACACAAACUGUCCGAUCGAUGUAAACCCAACUACGGCGCCUGUGUGGAAGGUCGCCGUUCCGUCCCUAUCGAACUCUUGGAUGUUGCCGGUCUCGUCCCCGGCGCCCACGAAGGCAAGGGCUUAGGAAACAAGUUUCUGGAUGAUUUGCGACAUGCCGAUGCUCUGAUUCACGUUGUUGAUGCGUCGGGUACCGUUGAUGCCGAGGGCAAGGAGACCAGAGGCUACGAUCCGUCGGUAGAUAUUGCUUGGCUACGGAGCGAAAUCGUUGCUUGGAUCCUCGGCAACCUCAUGGAGAAAUGGGGCUCCAUUCGACGACGACAUAUUGCUGUAAAAGCAACGGCGACCGAGACACUACAGAACCAAUUCUCCGGUUACGGAUCGACAGCAACUAUAGUUAACCGAACACUAGACCGCAUGGCGCUCAAGGAGCCGCUAGAGGCUUGGUCGGAUGAGACGGUCAAGCAAGUAGUCAACACCUUUGUUGAUGAAAAGUUUCCCACCGUCAUUGCGCUGAACAAGAUCGACCACCCCGAUGCUGAUAAGAACAUUGCCAAGAUUGCGAAAAUGCAGGACCCCAAGACGAUUGUCCUUUGCUCCGCCAUUUCAGAAAUCUUCCUUCGCAAGAUGGCAAAACAGGGAUACAUUAAAUACGUCGAGGGCAGCGAAUUUGUCGACACGCGAGAGGAUCUGAUAGAGCAGGGCGACCCGACAGGAGGCAACUUGAAAGAACUAGACGACAAGAACAAGAACCGCAUAGAAAACCUCCGCGACAUGGUGCUAUACCGUUUUGGUUCGACUGGCGUCGUCCAAGUACUGUCGAAAGCAGCUGAGCUGCUGGGACUUGUUCCGGUUUUCCCGGUGCGCAAUACGUCAACAUUUGGUUCUGGCGCUGCUGAGUCCAAGUUUGUUUUCCGCGAUUGUGUUCUGGUUAAGAAGGGCUCUACCGUGGCCGAUGUUGCUCGCAAGGUCAUGGGUGAUGCGCCAAUUGCAUAUAUUGAAGGCGUUGGCAACAUGCGUGUUGCUGAAGAUGACACUGUUGGCGUUGGCAAGAAUGAUAUUUUGUCAUUCAAAGUUGGCCGAGCGUAAAAGAAAUGUAUUCACGAGAGAGAGCGAGCAUGGAGUUUACAUAGCAUAUGUUUGGCGGCGUGCAUCUUUGGGUAAGCAGAAGAGCAUUAGAGACCAAAAAGUUAGACUUGUUUGAUUUUGCCUUGACAUAUAUGAACUUAUUCAAUGAACUAAAUCAAUCUCCAUCAAACGAGACCGGCCAAGGACGCGGCCUCUCGCCAUAGACAAUCUCAACCCCAUACGCUCGACCGAGAGCCGGAAGUCGGUCCAUCAUCACUCCCCUAACCUGACUCUGAUAUAGCCGCUUCAACUUUGUCGCCUUUAAAACUGCGGCAAUAACUGUGCAGAAUUCACCGUCUUCGUAGUGAUCGGAUCCAAGUUCCACCUCUUCCAGAUUGGGAAAACUAGCCAGGAAACUCGGCAGUGGGAGGUCGUCAUCAUUGCGAGGGAACGAACGAAAUCGGAAUCCGAAAAUCCCCAUCUGCUUAAUGGACUUGGUGCCGCGGAGCCAUUCAUACUGUGCUAAAUGGAGAGAACUCUCUGAUCCCAUGACCGAGCUGAAUGUUUCGGCAGGGAACACAAUGUCCAUCCGCGACAGCUUGUUUGUGCGUAUGCUUUCAUGGACAAUCCGGUGAGCUGAAGUCGGGUUUUGAGAAACUCUAUGUAGUCGGAUGCUUUCAAGAUUCCGAUAGUCGUUGAGUCGCGGGUACACACCCUGGGCUCCUGCUGAUACACCAUCCCAGCUUAGCAUUUCCUGCACUGGUUCCACGGUCAGAAUAUCUUCAGAGGGCAACGCCUUGCUGCUGAAACUAAGAUCGAUGCUCCUUAAAUUCUCUCCGCGGUUGACCGAUGUCAGUACUGUAAUAGCUGGCAUCAGACGCCUAUGUGACAUUCCGCUUGCAACGACUGUGAUGGCUUUCAGCGACGUCCACACUCUGUCCCAUUCAUCGCCCCAGCCGAUACUCGGUACCAGCCAGAUUUCAUCGAGCCAAAUCUGUUCUAAAUUCGGUGUAUUUGUAGCAAUAUACAUCUAAAAUCCGUUAGCUGCA